CAAAUAAAUAAAAAGAAAGAAAGAAAGAAUGGAAGGAAGGAAGGAAUGAACAAAUGAACGAACCAGUUGUUGAGUUGUCUUGAAACCUUGAUGUCCAUUGAUUAUUUUUUACUCAAAAGUUGAAAAUUUGCCUAGAUCCAGUGAUGCGAACUGUGGCCUUGGGGAGCAGUGGGGUGUGAGUCCAUGAAAGGAAGAGCCCGGUGCCUUUAUGGAGAUCAAGGGAGCAGGGGGAUAACCUGAGGGGAUUUUAAGAGGGGAGUUAGAUCACCCCCUUCCUUCCACAGAAGUGGGGGGCCAAUGUUUCCUUUCCAGGAUUUAUCAAGUAACGUGGGGUCACAGGAAACCCAUGGGUGGACAGACAAGGAGAAGUCGCUAAAGCACUGGCAGGCCCCGGUCCCUUUCCCAGGGACAUCAAGCCUCUUCCCUCAGCAGCAUCCUCUCUGCAGCCCUCUGUCCCCUCCUUUAGAUUUAUGCCCCCAACUGCGGCCCUCCCCAGCUUCCGCAGCCCAGGUCUCCCUUCCCCUAUCCUCCAGGGGAGGAGAGUGGGAGUCACUUCUGGACCCCAGUCUUUCGUUUCCUGCUAACCUUUGCUGAGCACCUACUGUGUGCCAGGCAGGAAUUUCCUCAAUUACCCAGCGCUUCCUGCAACCGGGAACUCUCUAUGUCCCCACUGCUCUGAUGAUGUUCUCUGAGUAGAGACUGAACAGAGAAAGCAUUUGCAGAGAGUGGUGUUGUUUCCUGAGCUGAGGACAAAUGAGCUGGGAGCUGUCUUAUCAGGUGUCUUAGUUUUGUUCCCUCAGUUUCAGACCAAGGCCAUGGAGCCUUUAGGGGGAUCUGAUACUACAGAAUGACAUCAGUGUUCUUGGUGAAAACAGAAAGCGAGGUCAGAUGUUGGUGUGUCAUUCAUUCUGACCCAUGCAGUAGAUGCUAGAAAUGGUCUGGAGGAGCUCGAAGCCCCUCUCUGCUGACCAUACUAGUGAGCAGAGGUGUGGAUGGAGCCCAACCACCGGCCUGACCUGUCAGCCUCAGGUGCCUACUCAGCAGGGGGCAUUUUGAGCCCUAGGAAAAGAAGCCCUUCUCCGUGGUUCCCAUUCCCCACUGCAUGACCUGCUUUUCAUAGCUGUUGAGAGUCUGAACCCAGGGGAGCGCUGCCGUGAUCAUCCGUCAGCACAGAGGCCCAUGAAAGGGUGAGUCAGGCCAGGUCCUGUGUUGGAAUCGUUCCAAGUCAUCCUUUUCUAAAUCCAGAGACAACCCCUGGAUGUCACCUGUCUUCUCAAGGACUAGGAUACUCCUGGGACUGCUCAGCCCUUGAGCGACAUUGUCGGACUUCCCUUAGCCAAGAUUGCUCUAUUCACCUACCUGGGAGUCAGAGUUGGGACAUACCUCCCCAGCAGAGCGUGGGAGUUGUGCCUUGGGCUGGGUGUGCCGUGGGUAAGGUUUGCCUCCACCACUUCCCAUCUCUCUCCCACACAGGGUUUGGAUCUGCACCCCAGGGGUGUGCCCAUGAACUCUCGCUCCCACCAUCCUUUCUAUAGAAUGGCCAAGCUCUCUGGUCUUUCCUGAGGCAACAUGUAUGUUAUUUGAUUCUGAAGCUCACUAACCUUCAUGGAUAGUGGUGCAUAGAGAUGCUUCUUUGGCUCUUCACCUUGGGAAAUUUGUGGCUCUGCUUCUGUCAGAGCCUUUGGACCCGGAAGAUGUGGGUGGCUGGCCCCUAGUCCCUCAGGAUGAGCUGGUGGCCAGGGUCAUCUUGGGGAAUGAUGUCUCUAGAGGUUUAUUCCAAGAGCUGCCAUAGACCCCAACAUCCUUCUGUCCCUGCAUCUCAGGGUCCUAGGUGUGGCUCCUCUCUUUCAUCUCUUACUUCUUUUUCUUUAUCAGCUUCCCUCCUAACUUCGGUGAGUUCUUUGCUCAAUUUCCUGGACUCUGUCCCUACUCUCCACAUCCUGACCCUGAGAAUUCUCCAAGUCUCUGACUCUAGUCCUCUGCUUUUCCCAUAUGUCAUCCCUUCUCAGAGCUAAGAGUCAGGUCUUUCCUGCAUCUGCCCAGGGAUCUCAUGGCCUGUCUUCAUCAUCUGGCUGGACUUCAUCUCAACGAUGUUCAUAUCAUAACUGUCUCUUCUCCUGCCUCCCUUCCUUAUGCCCAAAACAUCCUCGACCCUGACUUCUCUUGCCACUUAUGGUUCUACCUGUUAUCAGCCCCAUACAUUAUUCUAAUGGGGUUCUCUAAAGGGAUUCUCCCCUUGAUUCCUGGUCUCCACUACCCUCUGUACAUCCGAUUAGCCACUGUGUCGGUUGACUUCAUAAUCCCUUCCUUCCACUGUCACACACCCCCGCCAGGCUUCUCAACUCACCAGAUCACCUAGUGUGUGCCUAGUCCUAGAGGUGGAAGGAAAUGCCCACUGGGGGCCCUGCCCUGGGGUAGUAGCUAUUGUGUCUUCUGUUCUUAACUUUGUGUAUUUGCCUGGUCACUGGUUGAGGAGAGCUGGGCCUGCCUGGAGUGCCGUGAGGUUCCUCGUUGGUAUCACCUCCUAAGGACCCAGGCCUGGAACUUCUCUUCUUUCCAGUUUUCAGAAAUAGCCUCCCUGUAGGCGGGCCCUGCUACCUCUGGCCUCAGGAUCUUGGAGGCACAUCUACUCUGGGAGUGAUGCUUUCUUUUUCUUCUUCUCUUAUCAUGGAGAUUCACCUAAGGGCAGAGAAUUCCAAAGAGCUAGUAACCUAAAACUCAUUUCUUUGGGGGUUUUGGGGGAGUGGGCAAAACCAAUUCUGUUUGUUUUACAUUAAUGAAUUUGUCUUAACUUUUUCCCCUGAAAAUAAAAAUCGAGUUUAUCAAUGUGUCUGGCCUCAUGACAAAUGAUUUCGGUCCCCGGGCCGGAGGUGGGGAUUUCCAGGGAGGCUCUCUGGGCGGAGUCCUCCUUUCUCACCCGCACUGCUCAGACCACCCAGGACGAGCCCCGUCUCAGCAUCGACCUCACCAGCAAGGUCUUUCCCAUCCCUGGCAGCUUCCCCCAUCAGGGCUGGGGGAGAGCAAGAGGCAGCCACCAGGACUGUCUGAGGUCACACAACUUCAGGUUGGACUUGAAUUUCUUGCAUCUAGGCUAAUUGGUGUGUUGAUGCAUCCACCUCUAGAAAUUAUAAAGUGGCUCACCCGGGAGCCCUGGGUCUGUUGCCAGUGGUAGAAGGGAGGAGAGCUCUUCUCAGUGGGUUCCAGCAGACUGCCAGCCGGGGCUCAGAGGACCAGCCUCUCCCACCGUCUCCUGAGCCCAGGCUUCUUGGCGGUCACCUUCCCCCUGCUCCAUGGCGGCUCUCACGGAUCUCUCCUUUAUGUACCGCUGGUUUAAGAACUGCAAUCUGGUGCGCAACCUUCCAGACAAGUACGUCUUCAUCACGGGCUGUGACUCGGGCUUCGGGAACCUGCUAGCCCGGCAGCUGGUUGAUCGGGGCAUGCGGGUGCUGGCUGCUUGCUUCACGGAGGAGGGAGCCCAGAAGCUUCGGCAGGAUACCUCUUACCGGCUGCAGACCAUCCUCUUGGAUGUCACCAAGACGGAGAGCAUACAGGCAGCGACCCAGUGGGUGAGAGACCAAGUGGGCGAGCAAGGCCUCUGGGCCCUGGUGAACAAUGCUGGUGUAGGCCUGCCCAGUGGACCCAAUGAAUGGCUGAUGAAGGAGGACUUCGUGAAGGUGAUCAACGUGAACCUGGUAGGACUGAUCGAAGUGACCCUCCAUAUGCUACCCCUGGUCAAAAAAGCUCGGGGCAGGAUCGUCAACAUGUCCAGCUCUGGAGGUCGUGUGGCUGUCAUUGGUGGCGGCUACUGUGUCUCCAAGUUUGGUGUCGAGGCCUUCUCUGACAGCAUCAGGCGUGAGCUCCACUACUUUGGGGUGAAAGUCAGCAUCAUUGAGCCCGGGAACUAUCGAACAUCCAUCCUGGGCAAGGAGGGCCUGGUGUCCCGCAUGCAAAGGCUUUGGGAGCGGCUGCCUCAGGAGACCCGGGAUAGCUAUGGGGAGGAGUACUUCCGCAACUAUACUGACAAGUUAAAAAACAUGAUGCAGCUGGCAGAGCCAAGGAUCAGUGAGGUCACCAACAGCAUGGAGCACGCCAUCAUUUCCCGGAGCCCCCGCAUCCGCUAUAACCCGGGCCUGGAUGCCAAACUCCUCUACAUCCCAUUAGCUAAGUUGCCCACCCCUGUGACAGAUUUCAUCCUGAGCCGGUACCUUCCAAAGCCAGCAGACAGUGUCUGAGCUGGGGAAGUCCAGGGGUGGUCAGUAGAGUGUGGAGGAGGGAAGAGGGUGGGAGAAGAGACUGUAGGGUCCAAAGAGGUGGUAUCAGACAUUCUGAGGGACGCUUUGCUUGGCUGACACUCACUGUCGGAGAAUUUAUGGAUAACUUCUAGCAGAAGACAAGUGCCUCUUCCCACUUACUGGGACUCUACAGAAACCCCAGGUGGCCUUUGCAGAUGCAAAGACCUAUAGCAUGGCCCCAAGAACAUCUGUGACUCAUUAGAGAUUCAGGUUUUUCUGGAUGUGAAAAUGUCAAGGGGAGGAAACCGAGCUCCUGCUGAAUCAUGAGCCUCUGUCAGUUAUCACCACCACUGGGAAAUACUGCAGGAUAAUCUAGCCCACAGAAGCAUCUCAACAACUUUCCUACUGAGUCUCUAAAUAUGUAUUAACCUCAUUCCCACAACCCAUUAUUUAUAAUAUGUAGUAGAGCAGACAGGGAGUGCAAGAUUAUAUCAAGUAAAAGUUUAUGACGUUUUCUUUCUAUAUAGAUCUCUCUGUUCAUAGGUGAUUGGGAUCCACAUAAAAUAACAUUCAUUUAUUUAAUCACCAUUGAUUAAUUUUUCAAGUAUUUAUUGAGUGCCUACAACAUACCAGGCACUAUGUAAGUGCUGGAAGGAUGUAAAGAGGAUUAAAUCAUGGUCUUGGGUUUUUUUAUUUUUUAUUUUGUGGUUCUGUUUUUUAACACAAUAUCUAGUAGCAGAGAUAGGACAAAGAGUGACAGAAGAAACAGAAAUCAGAAAAUCACAUUUUUAGCUACAAGGAACCCAGAGGCCAUCUAAUCCAGUAGUUCCCUGUACAUCAUAAUCGCCUGGUUAGUUAAAAAUACAGAUUCCUGGCCCCAAUGUUAGAUUAUCUGAUUCAGUAGCUUGGGACGGGGCCCAGGAAUCUGUGUUUGUAACAAGGUGAUGAUUCUGACGUCCUUGGGUUCAUGGGAACCACCGAUAUAGCUCCACAGUAGUACCGAAUGCUCAGAGGAGGAAGUGACCUAUCCAAGGCCUCCCAACGUGAUGGCCAAGACAAAACUCAGUGUUCAGAUUCCCAGAGUUAUAGUUAUAGAGAAUAUAUUUUUGACAUUAGUAACAUUGUCAAAUAAGUCAUGAAACUAAAUUAAAAAAAAAAAAAACAACCCACCAAACUUCUAAGUCAUGUGAAAUUCUAUUGAAAAGACUUUUUUGAUCUUGAGAGUGGUUAUGUAAUAAAAGUCAAAUGUGAAUUUUUAAAAUUAAAAUGUCUUUAUUGGUGUCUCUUCAACAUCCGACUGAACUUGAAAAUGACAAAAUGAAUGUUUAAUUACCUCUGCAGAGACCCCUUUUCCAAAUAAGGUCACAUUCACGGGUUCCAGGAAUUAUGGCUUUAGCAAUAAAGAAAGGACAGGAUUCAGUGUUUGAAUAAUGGCAUCGAUGAUGCAGAUUCCUUCUACUUUGCUCUGCCAUCCAGUUUUGGCUUUAUCCUACUUAUCUUUAUUGUUGUGGUGUGACUGCCAGUGGCACUGGGGACUCUGUGCUUUUCCAUUCACAAUUUACUGGGGAAGAAAGGGCCUGUCUUUUCAUGGCAUUAAAGAUUAAGGAAGUCUAUUUCCCAGAGCCUUCACCAAGACUCUCCUUGAGACACAAAUUUGUCCCCAGUUGGCUUAGGUUUGUCCAUCCCUGAACAAAUCAUGGACAAGGGGGUAAGUUGCUAUGAAUAGUUUAGAUUAAUUGGGACAUGGUGGGGAGUGAGUCAUAAUGCCUACUGCCCAGAAAAAUUCAAAAUUUAGACUCUGUUAUUAAGAGAGUUGAA